AUGGCCGAACCUCUCCUUGCCCUGGCAGCACAGGAGAUUGAGGACAGCAACUAUCUUCCAGGCUACCGGGUGAACUUGCAUCUUACCGACUCUGGUUGCGACACGGCGCAAGGGACAGAGGCCACCAUCGAAGCAUUCACCGUCGGGCCCACGAAGCACGCGAUCUUGGGGGACUCCUGCAGUCAGGUAUGCGCAGCGGUCAGCGAUGCGGCGCGCCUCUUCAAGGUGCUGAUGGUCUCGCCUGGAUGCGACUCACCCGACCUCAGCGACCGGCCCCGAUACCCGUAUUUCACUCGGAUGACACCCUCCGAUCGUUUCAAAGUCACGGCCAUCUACGAGGUGUUCAAGAUGUUUGGUUGGCGCCGCGUCGGAGUGAUGGAUGGGCUGUUCUAUACGGCUGGGGCCAAGGCCUUCUUCCUCGAGCUUCUUCAGCGGGACUUGGAUGCUGGCACCUACGAUUGGACGGUCUUGCUCGAUCGAACCGUUAACACUCUGGCGGAUGCCGAGAGUGUAGCGGAUGAGGUCAAAGUUCGAGACUCGCGUAUCAACAUGAUGGUUCUUCCGGAGUUCAUUGGCAUGUGGGUAAUGUGCCAAUUUUACUUGCGCGACAUGCUGCCGCCGGACUACGUUUGGUUCGAGGCCGCCUUUGGCAACUGGGUCAACGACCUCUUCAACAUCAUGGCUGGUGCCCCUGAGUGUAAUUGCACGGCUGAGCAGCUAGCACGCGUCUCCGGUGGUCUCAUGAUCAGCGGAACAAGGCUUGCAGACAUCUCCAACUACUACAACACUGCCUGCCAGCAGUUUGCGAACGGAGUUGGUGCGUGCGACGAUGUGUGGGGCUUGACGGGACGCGUCCGACAGUUCAACAGCAUUGAGCCGACGACCAUCCCGCCGUCCUUUGGCGAUCGCGAUGGCGUGCAGCUCAUCCGGCAGAUUACCGGCGGACCGGGCAACGAGUUUACCGACCUGGCACAGCGGUCAAGCUCUGGAAUCUUGUGGCAGGCGGAUUUGGUCUGGAGCCCCUACGACACCCGGCGGGUUCCAUGCAGCACCGGCACUUGCGCAUUGGGUGCUGCUUGGGUUCCAUCGGACCGAAUUGCUCAGUGCGCGGCAGGGACCGUCUUCUCGGUGCAGCUUGGGUGUAUCGCAUGUGAGGCGGGCAGGUAUGCGUCAGCGGGGAUGCUUGAAUGUGAGCCGUGCGGUGUGGGCACGUUCACCAAUGUCACAGGCAUGGCAGCAUGCCAUCCCUGUGCCCCGGGGAGUUACAACAAUGUGCUUGGGGCUGAUGGAUGUGAGGAGUGCAGUCAAGGGUUGUUUGCCAACGAGUCAGAAUCUACUGGAUGCAUGCAAUGCCCGAUUGGCCGCUAUGCAGCACAGAAAGGAUUGGCAACUUGUGUCGAGUGCCCGCCUGGACUGACGACCUUCUCUAGAGGUGCUCUCGAUUCGGAUGCUUGCCUGUGCCAGGGUGAGUUGUACGAGGGACAGUGUGUCGUCUGCAGUGGCAACACCCGCUACGAGGCAGGUGCAUGCAUUCCGUGCUCCGAGGGUUUGACAUGCAACGGAGCUCGCACUGCCGUGGUGCAGCCUGGCUUCUUCACGGACACUGCCGCGCCCUUCGAUGUCUACAGAUGCCUUCCUAGCGAGUCGUGUCCUGGUGGCUUGCCUGGGACAUGUGCCGGGGGACGUAUCGGCGUCCCCUGCACCCAGUGCCCGGCUGGCCAAGCGUGGAGUACAGAUGUUUGUGCAGAUUGCGCUCCAUUCAGCCUCGGUGGUUGGGUCCUUGCCGGCAUC